AGCGGUGGUACUUUCGGAUAAUGCACUGAGCAAAAAGGUCGAGGUCUUGGCCGCAUAAAUGUCCGUUGCUAGAUGUCCGCUUGUAUAAUAGCCUAGCGGCGGCCCUACAUGGAUGCAAGUUGGAACUUGAUCGUUCCUGUUGGUCUCGUCUUAUAAUACCGAACACAAGCACGAGUGCUUAUUGCACUCAUGCUAUUUUUGAAAUCAUGGCUGUAAUACAGAUGCAGACGAUAUGGUCAAGGCAAGAAACCGUCGCAGCAGUCGACAAGCCGUCUAAUGCGCCAACAAUACUUGCAGUCGUCGGGACGAUGAUGGGCUUGUCGACCUUGUGCACACUGCUCCGCGUGUACGUUCGAGGUUUCAUGAUCAAGCACUUUGGGCUAGAUGACGUGGUGAUGGUAUUUGCAUGGCUCGCUGCCGUUGGUGCAAUGGUCUGCCUAGUUGGCGAAACACAUCAUGGCGCUGGUCGCCAUUCCUUCGAUAUCCAAUUAGAAGAGUGGGGGAAAUUAUCAUAUUGGCAGUAUAUCCAUGGCCCUCUACUCGUCAGCGGCAUCAGUCUCGUCAAGGUUUCACUUGGUCUCUUUCUCUUGCGAUUUGUGCAAGGAAAAUGGUACAAAAGGUUCAUCAUCUUCAUGAUCGUAUUUAUACUACUGUUCACAUUGUCGUGCGACCUGACGUUGGCGCUGCAAUGCAUUCCGCCUUACGCAUCGUAUAUGUUUCCACGACCUCCGGAUGCCAAGUGCUUUUCGACAGAUACAUUCCUGAAACUAUCAACCUUUAACGGCGUCAUGAAUAUCUUGACUGACGCCGUCUUCGUACUCUUGCCGGUGCCUGUAAUCGUUGGGCUACAGGUAAAUAAACGGGUCAAGGCAACACUCAUCUUUAUCCUCAGUCUUGGACUUUUCGCGUGCGUAGCAUCUAUUGUGCGAGUCUACGUCGGUUCUCAUGUAUUCGAGGACAUGGAUUAUACCUGGGCAUAUGCCUUUUUCAUUUGGAAUUACGCCGAACUCCACACCGGUAUCAUCGCAGCCUGCCUGCCCGCACUCCGACCAUUAUUCUCAUCGAUUCUCGAGAACACAAGCCGACGUCUCCGCGCCACAGGGUACAUGUAUGGUUCGUCCCGAUACGGCAACAAGUAUGGUUCCAAGACCAAUCCCCGGAGCGGCUACCAACGGCAGGAUGACGAGGGAGUUGGACUCGAGAGUCUGCAGAGGAAUAACCGGCUCGAAGAGGGCACGUACAAGGCCCGGAUCAUGACCACUAACGGCACAAAUGUUAGCCACGGAGAGGACGACAGCAGCGAAGACGGCAUCCUGCCACCGCAUGGUGUCGUCAAGACCACGGAAAUCGUGGUUACAGAAGGACGAUCAAAAUUUUGAACAAACGUCUUUACGCGUGCAUGAGUCAUGGAACGUCAAUAAAAUUGUAAUAAUGUUUAA